GGUUCCUGUAGAGCAGCAGGAAUUUCUGCUCCCAUGGAUAAAUCACUUCACUUCACAAUCUGUGUGCUCACAGCCCUGCUGCUCCUGAGGGAAUCAAGCCAGGCAGGAGCUGGGAGGAACGAUGAUGCUAUGAGUAAGGGCACAGACCCACGGGGAGCAGGAGAGGGACUUCCAACCCUGACUGUCACAACCAUCCUGGAGGAUCCCUACGUGAUGGUGAGGGGAGCAGAGCUGGAGGGGUACUGCAUGGAGCUGCUGGCAGCGCUGGCGGGGAUGCUGCGCUUCCAGUACCGCGUCAGGGUGGUGGGCGACGGCCAGUACGGGGCUGUGGCGGCCGGAGGCAACUGGAGCGGCAUGAUCGGCGAGAUCCUCCGCAGGGAAGCUGAUAUUGCAGUGGCUCCACUGACUGUCACUUCAGCCAGGGAGGAGGUGGUGUCCUUCACCACCCCCUUCCUGCAGACCGGGAUUGGGAUCCUGCUCCGCAAGGACACGGCCUCCCAGGACAUGUCCUUCUUCCACUUCCUGUCCCCUUUCAGCAAGGAGACCUGGACAGCUCUUUUAUUUGCUUACCUGCUCACCUGCUUCUGCCUCUUCCUUGUUGCCAGACUGAGCCCCUGUGAAUGGAACGAGCCCAAGAAUGAAGAGAACCACUUCACCUUCCUGAACAGCCUCUGGUUUGGAGCAGGAGCACUGGCCCUGCAGGGUGCCACCCCCAGGCCCCAGGCCCUGUCGGUGAGGGUCAUUGCUGUGGUCUGGUGGCUCUUCACCCUGGCCCUGCUGGCCGCCUACAUCGCCAACUUCACGGCCCUGCUGAGCUCCGGCAGCGAGCAGCUCCCCAUCCAGACCUUCGAGGACCUGGUCAAGCAGAGGAACCUGGAGUUUGGGACCCUGGAGGGCUCCUCAACCUUCUACUACUUCAAGAACUCCAAGAACCCCAUCCACCAGAUGAUCUACGAGUACAUGGAGAAGAGGAGGGAGCACGUGCUGGUCAAGACCUACCAGGAGGCCGUGCAGCGCGUGAUGGACUCCAACUACGCCUUCAUCGGCGAGUCCAUCUCGCAGGACCUGGCGGCCGCGCGCCACUGCAACCUCAUCAGGGCCCCCGAGGUCAUCGGGGCCCGUGGCUUUGGCAUUGCCACCACCCAGGCAUCCCCCUGGACCAAGCCCCUGUCCAUCGCCGUGCUCAAGCUGCGCGAGUCGGGCGACCUGGACUACCUGAGGAACAAAUGGUGGGAGACCAGCUGCCUGCGCCAGAGCCGGGAGCGCUGGGGGCCCCUGGAGCCGCCGGCCCUGGGGGGGCUCUUCCUCACGCUGGGCAUCGGCCUCGCCCUCGGCAUCCUCGCUGCCCUGGCCGAGCUCUCCAGCAGCAGCCGCCGCGCGGCCGCGCACGCCAAGAAAUCUUGUUGCUCUGUUUUCACAGAAGAAAUCUGCACUCGUCUACGCAUAAAAGGAGCUGCCAGACAAAGCCAGGAGACGUCAGGGAAGGCAAAUGCUUGAGGAGUUUUUGCUGUGUUAGGGUUGUGCCACGUCCUAGGAGCUGUAUCAGUGUAGGAAGAUGUUUUUCUGCUAGUCUAGAGUGUUAGUUUGCUAAUUACAGACACACACAGCACUUCUGGAGUGAUGGUGGAGCUGCAGACACAGGAAAAUUAAGUGGCUUGGAAGAAUUUAAAUUGGUAAGAGGUUGAGUGGAGCUGUGACAAAUGGAUAAACUGGAGCAGAGCUGGCCAGGAUGGUGGAUCCAUGUUUAGGUUUGAAGUUCACCCUGUAAGUCCAUGAAGGGCUGGAGGAGGAAGUGACUGGGGACAGGUUAAUGUGAAGCCUCUGUUACUUAAUUCCUGUGUGAGGAACAGUUGUGGAACAUUAAAGCUCUUGUCUGUCUCAUAAUCAGGAACAGCAGCUUAAGCAUUGCAGCUCUAAAUAGCCUCACCCUGCCCUGCCUGAGCAGGAGGGGCUGGUCCCUGGAAGGCAAUUCCUGGAUCAGAACUGACAGUGCUGCUGUGUAACCCCAAACAGGCCCUGCCUGCACCCCAAACCCCAGAGAGGGCCCUCCUGCCACCAAGGAAGCACCUGAGCUAAGAAAUGCCAGGCAGGGCUUGUCCUCUGUCCCUUCCCAGCACAGGA